CCCGAGCGGCGGUGGGCGCCUGCGGCCGCCGGACAGGUGUGGGGUGCGGGGCCGCCUUCCCGUCCGACUGCCCUCUCCUCGUCCGACCUUUCUUUCAGUCGUGUCUCUGCGCCUCUCCCGUGUGCCGUCCACAUGGCAGCCAUCUACUCUGGGAUUUACCUGAAGCUGAAAAGCGCCAAGACUUCCUGGGAAGACAAACUCAAACUAGCCCGUUUUGCGUGGAUUUCUCACCAGUGUGUGCUUCCUAAUAAGGAGCAAGUAUUACUUGAUUGGGUGAGCCAUGCAUUAGUUUCAUACUACAAUAAGAAACCUGAACUAGAGGAUGAAGUUGUUGAGAAGCUCUGGGCCUAUCUAGACAGCGUUAUCCAUAGUAAAAGACUACAGAAUCUCUUAAAGAGCGGGAAGACAAUAGGUCUCAGUUUCUCAAUUGCCCAGGUCAUAAACGAAAGGUUGUCAGAAGCCUGUUCUCAAAAAACACAGCAAAACAUUGGCACGGUGCUGAGUUGCUCCAGUGGCAUCCUUUCUACUCCUUCACUCUCCAUCAUUUACACAGCAAAGUGUGAGCUCUUGGUUGAUCUCCUCAGCAAGCUGUCCAAGCUGGCAUGUCAGCAGCUGGCUUCUGACAAUGCUGUGGGCUCCCAGUUGUUCAGUGUCCUCCAGCUUACCUUUGCUCAGUACCUCCUGAUCCAGAGGCAGCAAACAAACCCAAAUCGUGUGUUUGGGCAAGUGUCAAGUCACUUGCUCCAGCCAUGUCUGCUCCUGAGGCACUUGCUGACCGUGAGGAGCUGGACACAAGCAGAUAACAGCCACGUGCGUCAGCACCUGAGCAGGGAAAUCCGAAACCAAGUAGAAACUUUGCUGCAGGCUGGGUUAUUCCCACCUGAGCUUUUCUCAUCCUACAAAGAGGAGCUGCUGCCAGAACAGGAACUCCAGGAGAAGAAGAAAGGAGCUCUGAAGAGUCUUUUGCUACCAGUCAAGACAGUGCAGACCAAGCUGGGCAGUGGCUUUUGUGAACCUGCCCUCCAUGGAGCUGUCGUGGCUGGUUCGGUGUCCCUGCUGUAUAAGCUCUUUCUGGAUGCAUACUGUAAGGCAGAAAAUCACCUUGUGUGUUUCCACAUGCUCAGCAGGCUUUUUGGCUGUCUCAGGCUCUCUGGCCUACAGCAGGGCAUGAGGGAGGACACGCUCUUCCCUAUGGACUGGAGCGUGGAGCUGCUUGCUUUGGAGCAGCUUCUGAAUUUGGUGCUUAGCAGUGAUAUCUAUAAUGUUGCCAGUGACCGUAUCCGGCACAAGGAGGUACAGUUUGGGUUUUACCGCAAGCUUGCCCAGAUGUUGCUUGGACACUCUCAAGCUUCCAUCCCUGCGUGGUUCAGAUGUCUUAAACUCUUGAUGUCGUUAAACCACCUUAUAGUAGAACCAGACCUAGAUGACUUAGUGGCCUCAACUUGGGUUGAUGCCAAGGCCUCUGAGCCACGUACGAAGAAGCCCCAGGAGGCCCUCAUCAGCACCGUGUUUCAGACUUACUCCAAGUUGCGACAGUUCCCACGGCUCUUUGAGGAGGUGCUGACAGUCCUUUGCCGGCCAGCUGCUGAUGAACUAAGGCUGCCCAUCUUCUCUGUGGGCCUGACAGUAAAGCUUCGUGAGUGCCUCCUUGAACUGCCACCCAACCAGAUUCUGGACAUUUUGUGUCUCUUUGUGGAGAAAUGCCAGACCUUUAUCAUUCCCGCUCUUGAGGGGUCAGCUGACACAGCUUUGAAGCUGCUGUCAGUGAGCUCGGUGCUGCACGCUUUUCUGUUCAACAUGAGGAGCUUAGAUGAUGUCACUCCUUCCCCUGUGGUCCUUCGCACUCAGAGUCUGCUAGCAAAGAUGCAGAAGGGAAUAAUUCAGCCGCUGAUGGAGCUGCUGCAAGCUCCUAGAAGAAAAGAGAAAUCAGACCUUUGGCUAAGAAAGGCCAGUGACUCUGCUCUCCUCCUUGUUUACACUUGGGUUGAAGUAGACACUUUGUUUGGUGUUAGCUGCAGUAAAUACGUGUCUCCAACAGCUGAAAUGGCUGGUGCUGUUACUGAACUGGCUGCAAGGCACUGGGGCAUUUCAGCUUUCCUCCCUGGUGUGGAUGAGCAGUGUUGGGAGAGAGUCAUGGAACUUGCAAAUAGUUUUGCCUCCACUAGUAAAUACUGCUUAGAGCUGCUCACACUUCAGAAAAUGAAGAUGAUCUUAAUGCAGACCAAAGCUGACCUACAGGCCUUGCAGCAUGCUGCAGCUUUUAUCCUGGAGUCUGGGAGGUCCAGCAUGAGCAGGGGAGAAUCUGAACCAUGGGAUGAAGAUAUCAGCACAAUAUGUGAUCUUACUUACCCCACGGCACACUGGCACCUUGUCAUCUCCAACCUAACCAUCCUGUUGCCAUAUAUUUCCCUGGAAGAUGUAGAGUACAUUGCAAAUGUGCUUCUAGAGACAUUAGUACUGGCCAAAGCUCAGGAAGCUGCCACAGACCAGGAGUCUGGCAUCAGCAUUGGAAAUGUAUCUCUUGGUUUGAUGCAUAGCACCUUUCUCCCAGAAAUGAAGGUCCUGCACUGUGCUUUUCUGACCAGUCUUAUUCGUCAGUUUGCUGGAGUGCUGCCUGCUGCUGCCAGGGAUUCAGCUGAUCUGCCACUUCAGCAGCUGUCUGCAGGUAGUAUCCCUUGGCAUGAAGAAAUCCUGGCUCCUUUCAGAGCUGUUGACCUGUUGGAAGCACCGUCAGAAAACAAACUGCUGAAGGAUGAGCUCAGCUUGCCAUGGAAAACACUGCAGAAAGUUGCCCAGUGUAUAUUAUUGUUAGCACAAAAUGGCUGCCCUGUCAUCCUGAAAGACAGUCAGCUAGAAAACUGCUUGGGUUUGCUAGAAAUUGCUUCUCUUCUGAAACUAGACAGUCUUCUUCCCUCUGACUGUACCCGGUGUUUUCUGGUGCUGCUGUCCCUGCUAGCCAAUACCAAGGCGAGUGUCUCUUGCAGCAAGCAGUUACUGAUAAAGUUUUUAAGUACCUGCUUUCACCUCCUGAGGUGCCUGCAAGCUGGCAGGAAUGCCAGCUCUGUUUUUAAGGUGUUUCAUGCCAGCGAUGUUCUUGAGAUUGUCAUGACCUCACAGUUUAGAGCUAGCAAAUUCUUCACUGAUGUCUUGACUGUUCCCGUUUGGGCACAGUAUCUCCAGGAAGUCCAAACCUUUUUGGAAAACUUUCUUCAGAUGAUUAUUGAAAGAAGGCAAAGUGUGAGGCUCAACUUGGAAAAGUUCAUGUCUUUCCUGGUGAGCUGCAAGCCGGACAUUGGUGCAGCCAAAAGCAAAGGUGGAAAGAACUGGAAUCCCGCAGCUGGGCAGUUACUGCUCAUGGCAUUCACCACACUGUGUCACGUUGUCACGCUCUACCUUCAGCAGCUGCCAGAAAAGAAGCUGCAGUCCACGGAUGUGCUGUCUGCUCUGUUGGAGCCAGUAGUUCUGCAGAUGGUCAGAACUGUCGAACACGGUCUUCAGAGUAACAGCCCAAACCAGCCUUUGCCUGUAGCAUUCAUACCAUCUGUCACUACUCUUCUCAAAGCAGAUCUGAGCCAUGCUGUCAGGAAGGGCUGGCAGAAGGAGCCCAGUGGGUUUUUGGAGCAACCCCGUAUUAAACUGUACCAAAAAUUUUACUCUCAGAUACUGAGAGAGCUGCCCUGUGCAGGAAGUAAUCUGCAGUUCCUUCAGUCUGCGUUGCAGUUCCUAACAGUCUUCUGCUCCGUGCCAGAGCUGUAUCCUGGAAAAGAAACUUCAAUCAUGGUUGUUUUUGCUAUAAAAAAGCUUCUCACUGGUCCUGCAAUCACCACCCAGGUGAUCCACAGCAUGGAGGGGAUGCUGACAGAGGUGCUUGUCCAGCUGCUGGGAAACUGCUCUGCCGAGGAGUUUUAUACCAUUAUGAGGAUGGUGCUGCAGGGACUUGAAAUGAGGAACGUUUGGGAACAGAAGGCUAAAGAAGUAUUGUCAGCUGUUACACUAACCAAAUUGUUGCUCAGCUGCCCAUUAAGUGGAGACAAAGAGAAAGCUUUCUGGUUUGCCAGCCCACAGAUAAUCACAGCUUUAGCUAUGCAAACCAAAGAGGCCUGUCAGGACCAGUCACUGAUUUCCACAAUAGUUGUACCUAUUUUAGAGACAGUAGCAGCUCUGCUAAGGCAAGGAGAAGGGGUUCUCUUGAAUCCACACCAUGUGUCACUGGCAUUCGGCAUUCUCCUAACAGUCCCUCUGGAUCAUGUGAAGAUAGAGGAGUAUCGCAGUGUCUUCCUGGGAGUCCAUGAAGUGCUCUUCUCUAUUGUGCAGUGUCAUCCAAAGGUGCUGUUGAAAGCAGCACCAUCUUUUCUGAACAGUUUCCAUCGUCUAGUUGUUUCUGUGAUGCACGAAGGACGUCAGAAAGGAGAUGGAGGCAACACAGAUGACUUUGAAGUUAUACUGAAGUGUGCGCACUUGGUGGAACGGAUGUAUACUCAUAUUGCUGCAGAAAUGGAGGACUUUACUGUGUUUUCUGCUUUCAUUGUGGCUCAGUAUGUGACUGAAUUGCAGAAGGUGACUUUGCACCCGGCUGUGAAGAGACAUCUCACAGAAGGGAUAUAUCACAUCCUUGACCUUUGCAUUGAGCGGGACAUCAAGUUCUUAAAUGUGUCGCUACCAGCAGGUGUAAGGGAGGUCUUUAAGGAUCUGUAUAAUGAUUACAACCACUACCACAAAGCGAAAAAACAGGGGGAGGAAAAGUAUACUGCAUGAUGAAUCCUGCCUGAUGCUGCGUAAUCAGUUAUGAAUUGAUCUUGCAGUGCUCAAAAGAUCCUCAGUUGCUGUUUGGUUUGGGGUGACUAAUAAGAUCAAAGAGGGUCCUCUAAACAUGGAUUGCAUCUCUCUCUGUACAGCCAGCCUUCAUAAUGGGGAAAAGGGGAAUGGGGAGGGAGGAUGUGCUGUCAGGUCUGGUCCUGCUGCAUGCCACAAAGGGCAGAAGUGCUGUACCGGUGCUGGCCCCCAGUGAACUCACUGGGAGUCCUGGGGAGCUCGCUGCAGUCUGUCAGGUAUCAGGCUUCAGGCUUUGGCACAUCGUGGUGCUUUUCUCGAGCAGCAAUAGUCUGAUAUAAAAGCCAUUGAGGGUUAUAACUCCUCUGCUCUUGCUUACACGGUAAGCAGAAUUAAAGUGGGGGGUUUUUUUGUACCCUGUUACUGUACAUUUUGCUACUAAAGAAAUUUCUGAAUGUUAUACACCUGCACAGUACGUUACUGUGCAAAACUGAAAAUAAAGUAAAAAAUUUGAAAGUUUGUAUCUCUUUGCUUGAUUGGUUUUGCUCUUGAGUUCAGCCCUGAGCAACCUGGUCUGACCUAUAUUGAAUUUCCUUCCCAACUGUAUUAUCCUGUGAUCUCCUAAUAAUCAGAAAGACUGACUACUUAGAGCUCUGGUCGAUUUACUGUCAUUAAGCAAUUACACUUAGUCAUCUGAACUGUGGUCGCUCUCAGUGUAUAUUUUUAGCUUGUGACAAAUGCUAAGUACCAAGACCUAUCUGAGACCUUUUUGGUCUAAGCUGAGCCUUGUUGCUUUGAAUUCACUCUAGGUUAAGAGCAAGCCCUGGACUUAUUGUAACUCAGCUGACAGUAAUUUAAUAAGCUGUGGUAAAUUAAUCACGUCUGAGUCUGUAAGAAGCUUUAUCAAAUAGCUCCCUUUCAUUAGCUAAAGAAGUUUAUUUCCUUGAAAAUAAUAAAGGCUAAAGAUCUAAACUUUUAUAUAAGUGGUAGUGGUAGUAAGUGGUAGUAGGUCUUCACGCAUGCACGCGGUUAGUAGUAAGAAUUCAGUACUCUCAUGUGAUUAUCUGCUUAAUUCUAUAGAUAGGGGGUGGGCAGAGAAAGCUUGGAAUGAGGCUUUUUACUGGGUCCAUCUGCCUCAUAACAAGGUCCAAAGGGUGAAGUUUGGCUGGAGCAGGAGACUCCACAUGGCACAGAUGAGGGAGGUGAGCAGGGCUCUGGCAGGGCUGCUGGACGUCGACCUCAGGGCAGGCACGGCAGGGCCAUGGCAUGGCAUGGCAGCACUGUCUUGACAUAAAGCCCUUCACACUCCUGCACCAUCCUGCUGGCUGUGGCCCUGGUAGGGCACUUCUGGGACAUGGCUGACCUCUGGGACCCUAGCUGGGCCAUGGUGUCGGGUCCCUGGCAGGGGUGCCCACAGGUGGCUCCUGGGCAGUGCCUGCCCCUGGUCCUGGGGCAGCUACUUCUGCAACUUGUGCUGAUGCUUGCUCACCUCAUCCAUCUUGCCACGUGGAGCCUCCUGUGCUGGCUAAACUUCAUCCUUUGCACUGGAAGUGAUGCUCCUCAUGUCCAGAACAAGAAGCUUGGAGAUAAAAGCUUUGAUAUUGUGCAAGUUCAGAAGUAGCCACAACAGUGGUGUAUUAUUAUCACUGUUCUAGCCACAGAUGCAAAGCACGCCACCAUAUGGGCUGCUACGAAGCAAGUUAACUCCAUCCAAGCUGGACACUCUACACCACUGUGCCGUUUCUGUAUUUUAUUUCAAAGCUGAAAAGCUGAUGCAGGCCAGCGUUGGGAAGGGCAAUUACUGCUGCCCCACCAGGCAGUGGGACAGUGAAGUAGGUCCCAGAAGGGAAACGUCUGUGAGCUGGGUGCAGGCAAAUGGGCACCAAAGGGAGGAGGUCUCCAGGGUGGAGACAGUUAAUAUGCUAGUAAAAUGAAGGAAGGUCAUAAGCACUGGGAGAGUAUCUGGAAAGAACAGUGAAAAAAGGCGAGCUAGGUUUGGAGCGGGGGAGGAAGGAAGUGAGGUAGCAUCGCUGGCGUGUAAAUGUCAAGGCUCCCCUGAUGUAGCCAUAUGGUUGCAAGCCACACACAUAGCUCAAAAGCUUCUCAGUGUAGACCACAGAGUAAAUAAUAUCUUACUCAUUGCAUUAAAGGAGAUAAACUACUUGAGUUUAUAUCCAUUUUAUUUCAUUAAUAUUAACUUUUAAAAUUUUAUACAUUUUGAUGGCUUGGAAAUGAAAGUGUAUAACUGACUUACAUGGACAGGGGUGAUGAAAAUAACAAACUCCUACUAUAAAAAGGACACAGUGCUUGAAUGAAUGAAAACUUUAAACUUAAAGCUUUAUUUCAUAUAUUCUGUGCGACUGCCACUUAUCCCACAGCCCUCCUCCUCCUCCAGGCUAAACUGGAGUUCUGAAGCACAAAGCAGCAUUUCUGUGUAGAAGUUACAAAGGGGUUAAAAAGAAGGCUGUAUUUCAGUUGCUAAUCCUAGAUCUUUGUCCAAGAACUGCUCUGGGUUUUUUUAGCUAGAAUAAAUUAAGUCACUGGCAGAGGACCACCUGCUGAGAAAGCAGGCUUUGUUUUAUUGAGUACAUUCCCAUGUGGGUGCAGUGUUCUCCUUUUGUCACACGAUGGAGCCAUCCUGCAAGGGUAUAAAAGCACCAUCUGUAGUCAGAGUUUUGGAGUCCUUUCUCGUAGGGUGGGUUAGUUUAGGCGCUCUAAGCACCAGGAAGGUAAAGGGUUUGGAAGAAGCACCAUCUCAGGGCUAAAGGACAGCACUGAGACCUUUGUUUCACUUGAGCGUGAACUGCGUGCGAGUGCCCCUAAAAGCACAGUCCUUACAGGCUUCUGCAACAGUUAAUCUCGGCCAGAUUUCCAACUGUUGAUGCAGCGCACCUCUUCCGAGGGCUCCUCUCGCUGCUGCUGCUGCUGCACUAACGAGAAAUACCUCCUAUAGCCAGAGCUCAGUGGCUGGGAUAUCAGGGUCCUGCUGGCUGGCCCGCAGGCUCACCCUGUGACUCGGUGCGGUGUUUGUUAUUCAUGCUCGGGCAGCGCCCAAGUCUGCUGUGCCAAAGCUAGCUCAAAUAUAAAGAGACAGGAUGGGCAAGAAGAACAAUCGUGACUGGCAAAGGUCAUGUUGGUUUUAUUUAUCCCUUGUUUUUGUGUAGCUGCUGUGAAAAUCAACUGAUUUUUCUACUUAUCUGGGGGUGGGGCUUGAUGCUUGAUUUAUCUUGCUAUUGUAGAUAGAAAUACAAAAAGGAUGAUGAUGUAAGAUGGUAGACAUUAUUCUGCCAUAAGAUGGUAGAAGUUAUAUUUUAUGUUCUUACCUGCUGGGAAGAGACAACAUACUGAGUCCUUUGAGGUUGAAAUGGUUCAGUAACUUCCUAUUUAUUUACUUCUUGAUGUGGGUUUGUGGCUGAUGGGCAACAGAAGGUUCCUUCUAAAGCUUUCUUUAUGGGUUAAAACAUAAUAGCAUGAGUAAAGGAAUACUUUGAGAGACUCCCAUAUCAUUAUUACUGAACCAUUAAAUGUCUACAGUGAUAAUAGUUAUACUGGGGCUCUAUAAUCUUUGUUUUACAGACUUGUAAGAACACUUGCCUUGAGGUGCAACAAUUGCUUUUCCGCUUGAAGCAGAUUCUAGCCAUUCAGGUGAAGAAGUGCAUUUGUGCCCUAAACAGUGUUUUCAAGCAUGGAGAAACGAUUUUUUUCAAAAAUUAUUUUCAGCAAUAUGACUGCUUGAUAUUUUUCAAUAAACAUA